GACUAUACGUUAUUACGAGCUUAUUAUUCUACUACAUUACGAAUGGGUUAUAUGAUAUACACAAUAUAAUCAAAAUGAUGGCCCUUAGUAUUGUAUUAUUUAUGUUAAAUCCCAUUUCUCAUGCGACAUUCUUGUGGCGUCGCGCGGUCUCUGUCACUUGUUGGAGACUUGUUCCUUCAGCCUGUUUGCACAUUCGAUGCCCCGUGAGUGCUGGAGGGCUGUCCACAGUAGCCUACACCUCCUUCGGUGAGUGAGAGCGGAGCUCGUGUAGGGCGGGACGGGGCAGUUCCAAUCCACUAAUCCACUGAGCGUGGCAAACCGGAGCUCCGCCCCCGGGAGCUGUUUUCCCGGCCCGCCGUGUAUCCGACACCCCUCCCUCUCCCCCCUACCCCCAACAUCACCUCGACCCGGGGCUUAACGUGGUACGUCAGCCCUGCCUGCGCUCUGUAACCGACUUGUUUGGCAUCUCGGUUGACAGUGGCGAAUGACUGCGCUGGGAUGAUCAGUGGUGCAUUACUUGUUUUUUUUAUGUUUUGUAAGCUCAGACAAUAUGUUUCUUGGUUGAGCACAGCUGACAACAACUUGAGGAAUCACACUGGCUGCGGGUAGGCAAAAGGAAGAAAAAACACCAUAAUAAAAAAAAAAACAAUCAUGCGCAUGGACCCGACGCACAACUAUUUCAAUCAACUGGCUGUUUUGGACACGGAGGCUUCAUGUUGGGUCGUGGAGUGAAACGGAAGCGGGGCAUCCAGGAGGACCAGCUGGUGGGGAGCGUGGACGCUGUGGACCCCAACUCAGCCUCAGGUGUGUCCUACCUGCAGCAAAGGCAACUGGUACUCACGUUGUGUCUUGACAAGCUGCAGGGUUGCCAGAUCUUCCAGGGUUGCCAGAUCCGCACUGAGCCCAGCCUGCACCGCUCCGUCCUGCUGGUCAACACGCUCCGGCAGAUACAGGAAGAGAUGAGACAGGAAGGGGAGGAGUCAGUGGCCUUCCCCGCAGUCACUGCUACUGCUCCUCUCCAUGCCACCCCCCCACUGCAGAGCCCCAGCCUCACAUGUGGGGCCCAACCUGCAGUAGCUUCCAGCGCCCCACAGGACUUGUUUGAUUUCAGUGGGUUAGACACAGACAGCAGCUUGCUCACCUGCCCCGGCUGCUCAGAGGAAGAGGAGGAGGACGAGCUGGAAGUCUCACUCGUCUCGUCUUCAUUCACUUCGAUGCCUCCGUCCCUGCUAUCCCUGGAUGACCCCCCCUCACCGGACGGCCGCACACGGGGCUUCCACUCCCUCCUGGGCUCGUACGAGUUGGUGAACUCGCCAGGCUACCUAUCGGACCUGGCGCUGGACGACAUCUUCGAGGACAUUGACACGUCCAUGUACGACGCAUCGGACGUGUCCUCCAUCCUAGCGCUGGGGUCCUCGCGGGUGGCUUCGCUCUCCUCCACAGUGGGGGGGGACGAUGCAGGGCUCAAAGUGGCCACCAGUUGCCCCUCCGCAGCCCGGCAGCUGUGCUUCUCAGAGGUCAGUGACCUGGACCACAUCAUGGAAGUCCUGGUAGGGUCCUAACUCCCCCAGGGAAAGUAAAUGGGUUGGGAAAGUAAAUGGGCGGACUUUGGCGCCCAAGAAGAUCAUCAACAACAUAGAGGGUCUUAUAUCACAUCAUGGAGGUCCAGCUUGGUCCUGCUAUUUCUCUAAGGGAAACUGAAGGGGUACCACAGGGUAGCCAACAUCAAGAGCAAGGAGACCUGGGACACAUCUUGGAGGUGGAGGGGUCCUAAUUCCCCCAGGUAAACUGUGUCAGUAGGGGGUUGGGGACUGUGGUAUCCUAGAUAAGCGAAUGCUGGAGUGGCAAAUGACCCAUGACAACAGCAUGUUGGAAGUGCAUUGGAAGUGCAGCUCUCUGCCUGCAGUGGGGCUGUACUUCAUCACUGUCGAAAUCUGGUCUGAUGUUGUAGAAGUUGUAGCCAGAGCUGAAGUCUUAUUCAGUAGUGGCCUAAACUCAAGAGUGUGUUUGAAAUGUCGGCAUGCCACAUUGUGGGUCAGCUGUUGCCACAUGCACUUAGCACACUUAAUUGCACUGAAAUGCAACAAAGUAUUCUUUCAUGAAUUGAAUCCUGAGGAAUGACGAGGGAGCCACAUGUAUGAUUUGAAUUGAACUCAGAGUGGAAAUAUCCAGCAUCUAAAGUCACACCUGACCAAUUACUAUGUACUGUCGCUGUCUGCAGUUUAGAAGAGCAUCCAGUUUGUUGAAGGAUUCGUUUUUUUGAUGAAAAUGUUUGUAUUUUUGUAUAAGUAUUUUUUUUGUACAAGUAUAUGUUGUAGCCUAUGGUAACAAAGGAGUAAGAUUUGAAAUCAAGUCAAAAUAAGUCAUUCAUUAUCACCUACUUGAAUGAAAACAAGCACAAGAUGAGAUGUAGGCUAAUGUUUCACUGGUUUGUAAAUGUCGUUCAGAAAGAGUUUGUUGUGAUUUUAUAGAAAAGUUAUGAAUUGUGUACAUUAAAGAGUUUGUUAUUAUAUAUGAUGACAGACCUAUCCUGAAGACCGAUAUAUUCUACCUCUUGACUUUGAGUGUCUGUAUUAAAUGUAUGUGACUAUGGUAUUCUGGCUAUAGGUUUUAUUUAUUUGUCACAGAGAUGCAGAAGGACUGUCAGUUGGCAGCAGUUACUCAGCUGUUUAACUAUCAGAAAUAUUUAUGUAGCCUACUUUGUUUACUUUUCCUCUUCUAUCAAACCCGUGGACACUUUCUUAAACCCCUCAGCAAAACUUAUUGGGUGUCUGGGAUCACCAUAGCAACCUUUUAUUUGCUUCAAAACAGCACUGUGCCUUCAUGACGGACCCAGAAAGCAACCGACUGUAUAACUGCUAUCGAGGGUCUAGAGGGAGAAUAUGGACAAUCUGAACGGUAACAGGACACUGCGAGGUACAUUGCGUGAACUUUUGAUGCCAAUGAGUGAAAAUUCCUUCCUUCUUCUGGCCAAGUCGGGCCUAACGUACACUGACACCCUGUCAGCAUUCUUACUUACCGUGGAUGAGGGAGGGCGGAGGAGAGGAGGAAGGGAGAGGGAUAUAUCUGAACAGAGUAAGAGAAAAAGAGAGGUGUGGGGGAGGGGAUGUUUUAGCGGAGUGGUAAUGUGACCCCUGUCACAUGGGAAGUACUAGAUUGUUCAAUAGCACACUCUCUCUCUGUUUCUCUCUGCAGAGUCUCAUCUGUAGAAGCAAAUGCCUCUGCCUUUCUACUUUUAUCUUACUGACAGAAAUGUUCCUGAAUAUUUUUACACGGUUUCAUAACAAGCUGUAUAUAUAUAUAGGUCCUGUGAAUCAUGGGGAGAAGUAGGCCUACACCGACAUCUUGACCAGUUUGUAUACAACACUUAAUUUAUUGUAUUCUGAACACAAGAAGAUUUCUGAAUUAGAUGUAGGUCUACAGUUGUAGCCUACAUGUUAAUUGACAUUUUAUGCUGGCUGUAGUCUGUAUGAAAUCGUUUAAAAAGCCUUUCAUGUGUACAUUUGUAUUGCCUAGAACAGUUGAGCAGUGAAGGUAAAAGCAACUUUGAUUUGUUCUCAUUCUCAUUUUCUUAACUCUUUUUUCCAAACCACGUCUCAGUACUAAGGAUGUUUCCAUUUAUUGACCUACAUAGAUGGCAGUCAAUGACUGUAGCCACUUCCUCUUUGCAUAAUGUCAUAUUUCCUGUUUGCAGGAGCCUUUUCUCUAAGAUGAACACAUUUUUGCCCCUCUGUCCCACAUGGUGUGUAAAUAAGUGUUCUUUGUACGAUCUAUGCAAUAUACCUGUACCGUUUGUAGUAUCAGGUUAUUAAAAAGUAACCCGUG